GCAAGUGUCAGUGUCUCAGCCAGCUUAUCGAUGUGUUGUUUCAUGACGGCGAUCAAGUGCGUAGAAAAGUUCAAUUUACUGCGGUGAAUAAUCUUGUAAUCUGAUCAUAUUAAUACUAAUAAAUCAUAAUUAAGUGUAUUCUGGUUGGCUCGGUGUUUUAUUGAGUGAGUCCAUACUGCAACACAGUCAGUGAAGUGAUGGGGACGGUUCAUCUUAAUUCAGCAAAAAUCGCCAUCAUCGGUGAAGAGUGCACAUAAAAGCAACGAAAGCAACAAUCUAUGCAGACCCUAGACGUGCUCGCAACUUUGUGCAAGUUUGAUUCAAGGUGCUGUGGACCCUGCAGGGGCAACAGUAGUGCAGACACGAACAUAGGCCCAUAUUCAUACGCUGAAGAUACGCGAACAUGUAGAUAGACGAAGAAAACUGGUCAAUCAAAACGAGUGGAUGGGAAAAUGUCAAAACGGUUUUGUGGCGAGGAAAAUUUGAAAGGGAAAAAUACUUUCCAGUAGGGUGGAUUAACUCUGGUGGCUGAUUUUUCAUCUAGUUCUGAACGCAAGUGUAGAGUGUAGAUAAUUUAUGUUAAGAAACUGCGAAGGGAUAGAGAUAGGCCAGAAGCCUAAGAAGGAUGUAAUCUUAGUGUUGUGAAAAUUUAGUAUAGUGAAUCUUAGUCAGUAGAAGACAUACUGGAUUGCAGACAGCUGCAGGAAAUUGAAUUAAAUUCUUCUAUAUUGAAAAGUGUAUUCAUAAAAAUGGUGACUGACCAGACAUGUUGUGUUGGUGGAUCGAAGAAAGGAAAAUAGGGAAUAGAAAGGAAAUUCGAAGAAAAAACCUUUUGUGAACUUGAAAAUCCAGGCGCACCAAUUAGAAUCAUUGAAUAUUCGCAACGAAAGUGAGGGGCUAGAAACGCAAACUGUGUUCGUUGGGGGAAGGGCGGGUGAAGCAAAGCAGAGGACAUUGAUCCGUUCGGUAGCUUCUGAGUUUCCGGUUCCCAUACGAUGGCUCACUAUCGGAAUAAUAACCAUUCCGAGGCGAAUAUCCUCGGCCAGUUGGUCAGCCGGCAGCUGGGCGACAACGUCGUCAACUUCCGCAGCAAUCUUUUCAACGAGCGACUCCGGAUCGCUCGGAACCUCUACAAAAAGGACCUGGUGUCGCACUACGGCUGUGUCAAUGCCAUCGAGUUCAGCCAGGAGGGUGAACUGCUCGUCUCCGGUGGGGACGACCGACGUGUGCUGCUAUGGCACGUGGACAAAGCCAUCCUGGAGAAGGAGUUUCCAACUUCUAUGAACAAACAACAUUUGAGCAACAUAUUCUGCCUGGGUCUCGAUUCUCGCAACAAUCGGAUCUUCUCCGGAGGCAACGAUGACGUUGUGAUCGUUCACGACACUCAGACACGCGAAUCCGUAGACGUAUAUCUUCACAGCAAACCGGUGUACGGCCUAUCAAUCGAUCCCUCUAAUGAUAACAUCUUUGCCACGGCCGGCGAGGACGGCAAGAUACUGAUCUUCGACCUGCGGGACAGUUCGGAUGUGAUGUGCGUUUCGCGCUGCCGCUCGCCGUACCAUGCCGUCAUGCACCAUCCCUUCGAUGCGGGCUUCAUCGUGACGGCCAACGCCAAAGAGGGUGCAGCGCUGUGGGAUUUGCGAUCUCCGAAGCUGCCCACCAUUCGGUACGGUGGGGAGAAUGCCGCCCAGAGCUGCAUGAGUGUUCGGUUCAACAGUUUGGGGACGCAGGUGUUGGCACUGAGGAGGCGUCUACCACCCAUUCUGUAUUCCACGGGUUCAGCGGAACCGAUUUGUCAGUUUUACCAUCAGGACUAUUAUAAUUCCUGCACGAUGAAGAGUUGUUGCUUCGCCGGGGAAAACGAUCAGUACGUGCUGUCCGGAUCGGAUGAUUUCAAUUUGUACGUUUGGCGAGUUACAGAUUGUGAUGUGACCGAUACCGACCAGUGGGUUGAUCAGAAUCAGAUGGUUCUCUAUGGACAUCGGUCGAUCGUUAAUCAAGUGCGGUACAAUCCACAAAAGUGCUUGAUUGCAUCGUCCGGGGUGGAGAAAAUCGUUAAGUUGUGGACUCCAUUUGAGUUGAACGCGUGGCGCGGGAAUUUGACCGAGGAAGCCACUGGUCCCGAUAAUCCGAGGGAGGUGUUUACCAACGAAGAGUACAUUUCCCUGAAUAUGACUCAUGACUACAGUCAUCAAUCGACGAUGGAAGAUCCUAGAAUGAUGGCAUUUUUUGACUAUUUAGUUCAGCAAGAAAUCGAGGGGUGGAAUACCGAAACAUCGGACCAAACCUCGGAGCACAGUUCGGAUGAGAACGAAUCGUCCCGUCCCGAUACAACGCAGACGUCUGAUACCGAGUCGGUUCAGAACUAUAUUCCACUACGGGGUCAGCACACAAGCAGAAGAGGGGACGUAACACAACGGACAAAGUAUCGCAACAGGAUUGCAUAUCUGAUUGCUACAAAGCGCAACCGAUUGAAACGACUGGCGUUGAAAACGGCGAACACACGGACCCCAAAUCGCCGUACGAUUACGAAGGCCAAGUACGGAUUACGGAAUCAGCCCAAGCGACCGGGCUUGGGAGCGUUGCGCACCACAAGGAAAGGAAUCGGCAAACGGAAUCGUCGACUCAGUACCAGCAAGUAUAAUAAACGCCCGGUAUCACACGAGCAGACCAGCGAUUCUGAAGUUCCAAAAUCAACCAAGAAACGUCGACUCCAGACCACAAAUCUAAACUUGGCGGUGUAUCGGACGUUUCGGCGGAAAUCGAAAGGAACGCCGUCAUCCACUUCGAACACCAGCACACGCGUAGAGGAAACGAGCUCGGAUGAUGAUGAUGAUGCGGAGGACAGCGAGCAGCAGCAUCCGGCGGCUAAAAAGCUUAAGUUGAGCAUUGAAGCGUUGAGUAGUUUACCGUCAACGUCGCGCGGGUUUCCGGGAGCGAGUAGUAACAGUACGGUGGGUACCAGUGGAAGUGCGUAUAAUAACGGAGCUGGUCCGAGUGGGUUGUGCAAUGCCGGGCGAAGUGCGGCCAUUCAUGCAAGCAAUAGCGGUACCUAUUCCGGGAUGGAUACACCCAGCACGAGUACAGGACUGACUGGAAAUGGAAGAAACUUGCUGUUUCACCUGGCGUCGGCCACGAACGACGACGAUGACGAUUCCGACGAUGACCCAUCGAUUCCGGAACAUCCCACCUCACCGGACAACAUGCUUCGAGUGAUUACAUCUCCAAUCAACCACUUCGAAGUCCCAUCGAACUCGACUGCGAUCCUCGCCGUAGAUCACAACGAUAACAACAUCCUAGACCACAGCAACAACAACACCAGUUACGUGAACCACAAUAAUAAUAGCAACAACAAUAAUACUAAUCGCACUAGUAAUAACAAUAGCAGUAGAUCAAGUACUAUCCUAAUCAAUAGAAACGUAAGCACCGACGCAGCAACAAUCCAGAAUGGCUCCAAUGGAGCCGGCCAGAAACAGGCCCACCAUGCGCAAAGCUACCCUACUACACAGGACCACAACGAGUCCUCUUCGUCGUAUAACCAAGGCUACGAUCAUACGUACUCUAGUCGGUCCAACUCGCGCCUGUCCAGCAGUUACGAUUAUGACUGUUCUUCGAGUAACGACAGCUUCAUGGACUAUUUCAUCAACAAGAAAAAGCUGAUGGCCGGUUCUAGUAAUCUCAAUCAGGACCAGCCAGCAGCAUCGGGUUCCGGCAGCGUUCGAAAAUUCCCGGACUACAACCGCGAACUGCUGAAUCAAACGCCGGACAGUGGAAUCGCCACCGGACCGUGCAGUUCCGUGUCGACCAACGGAGGGCUUCCGUCGGCGGCGAAAUCACUUCCCGGGGGAACCCCCGGCGGCGAAAGCGGUAGCAGUAAUGGUAAUUACCUGCCCGGCACCAGCAGUACGAGUGGUGGCAGCCAAGCGGCCAACAACGGCAACAACGGAAUUACCGAUUUGGGCACCAAACUGUUCCAGCAAAAGGUGGCCCGGGUUCGGAAAAGCUACCGCAAGAACUUCUGUGAUGACUCGGAUAGCGAGUGAGGGGGGACACUGUACUGGCUGGAUUUGUUCUACGUACGCACGACCGCCGUUACGUGAUUUUUUUUUGUUUCGAAAGUAUUUAGAUAGAGUGGUAGUGCUCUUUUAAGUUAGAAUUCGUGUUUUAUCAUAGUAAGAAACUUCCCAUUUCGGUUUGAUAUCGUAAGUUAAGGAAGCUCUGGUAGAUUAAAUUUUGGUUCAGCGUCUUGCCUUCAACUCAAUUUCCGAAAAUAUAUCGUUAAUUUCGUUGUUUCAUAUUUUUCGUGUAUCAAUCGAAGGUAUGUUUGUUUCAGCAAGUACCAUCAAAUAACUGCGAUAUGAGAAAAGUUACAAAACUGAACAUUUCACGAUAAGUUGCAUAAGAAUAAAAUUCUUUGGACAAUUUCUCGCCGAGUAGAGCAUAAUGAUUAAGAAAUCAUGAAAAUGUAAUAAUAAUAAGAAGAAGAGACUAACAUUUACGAUGUGUUUUUAAGUGAUAAUCCUCAAGCAUAUGAUAAACUCUUUAGGAAACCAGGUGCAGAAAUAGACUGUUCACCAAACUCCAAUAGACUAUAUCGGGAACCUAAUCAGCAGCACAUAGACCUUGAUAGCAACCCACUUCCAAACAUAACUAUUUCGUCGCAAGCAUAAGCAGAACUGUUAAAUAGCCAACAUUCAUAACCGCGCAAUAACCCCGGGGUUAAAGAAUAACCCAACAUACAUUGAAUUCCUACAAUUGCGCGUUAGAUUACUGAAAUAAACUGCAUACUAUCAAUGCUGUAAAUUAA